AUGGAUCGUGGAAUUCAACGAGAAUGCCCUCACUCUGUCAACUGCUCUCGGUUUCCUCCGGAUUUCAACGACUUUGUUCCGUUCGCAGGAUGGACGUAUCCGACAGUGAAGAAGUUCGAUAGAGCCGAUUACGGUUGCGGAAUAUACGUGGACAGGGACAUCUACAGCACAUCAUCGGCGGCGGUAGCUGAUGUGGCUAGACAUGGAAAAUCUGAUCGCAUUGUCGUUGGUGGCCUAGGACUCGGCAACACAGCUUUUCGCCGGAAAAGCCGAGAUAAGGCAGUGAUCGAAGUUUAG